GGGGCACAGGAAGCGGAUAACGUAAACGCGCCGCCAGGCUCGGAAAGCCAUUAACAUUGUUCGGGCCGUUAAGGCGGUUGGCGGCAACUCGUCGACUGGCGGCGGUUGCGUCGCGGCCCGAAGCGUGACUCGACGCACGCUCCCUCUAGGCUCCUCCACUCACAGAGUCGCAGUCGCGGCGGGGGCGGGGCGGAACUACCGCUCCCACAAGGCUUUGCGCGGCCAAGACGCUUUACAAUAGAAGCUCGGUUGGAGAGGCCUGCGGAGAGGCGCCGGAACUGCCGCUUCCGGCAUGUUCAGCUCAGCGCGGCGAGCGGCGGACAAAUGGAGGACGGGAGAGAGACUCCAAUGCCCAGCGGGCCGUGCGCGGUCGGCGCUUGCGCCAUGCGCGGACGGGGGGGCGGUCGGGCCAUUUAAAUGUGUGUUUGUGGGUGAAAUGGCUGCGCAGGUCGGAGCGGUGCGCGUAGUACGGGCGGUGGCGGCGCAGGAGGAGCCGGACAAAGAGGGGAAAGAGAAACCCCAUGUUGGGGUCUCGCCGCGGGGAGUGAAGCGGCAGCGCCGAGCAAGCAGUGGGGGGUCUCAGGAGAAGCGGGGGCGGCCGAGCCAGGACCCCCCUCUUGCUCCCCCUCACCGGCGGCGUCGCAGCCGCCAACAUCCCGGGCCGCUGCCGCCAACGAAUGCUGCCCCUUCGGUCCCGGGCGCUGUUGAGCCCUUGCUCCUGCCGCCUCCGCCGCCACCGUCGCUGGCACCCGCGGGGCCCGCUGUCGCCGCCCCGCUGCCGGCCCCAGGCACCUCGGCCCUCUUCACCUUCUCGCCCCUGACGGUGAGCGCGUCCGGGCCCAAGCAUAAGGGCCACAAGGAGCGACACAAGCACCACCACCACCGCGGCUCGGAUGCUGACCCCAGCGCCUGCGUUGCGGGCGAUCUGAAGCACAAGGACAAGCAGGAAAACGGCGAGAGGACUGGAGGAGUGCCUCUGAUCAAGGCCCCCAAGAGAGAAACACCAGAUGAAAAUGGUAAAACCCAGAGAGCUGAUGAUUUUGUCUUGAAGAAAAUAAAGAAGAAAAAGAAAAAGAAACACCGAGAAGAUGUGCGAGGAAGACGUCUUAAAAUGUACAAUAAGGAAGUACAAACCGUCUGUGCUGGCCUGACCCGCAUCAGUAAAGAAAUUCUCACCCAAGGACAAAUAAAUAGCACUUCAGGAGUUAAUAAAGAGUCCUUCAGGUAUCUGAAAGAUGAACAGCUGUGCCGGUUAAACUUGGGCAUGCAAGAAUAUCGGGUACCCCAGGGAGUACAAACACCUUUUACAACUCACCAGGAACAUUCUAUCCGUAGGAAUUUCUUAAAAACAGGUACUAAAUUUAGCAACUUUAUUCAUGAGGAACACCAGUCCAAUGGUGGUGCUCUUGUCCUUCAUGCUUACAUGGAUGAACUCUCAUUUUUGUCUCCAAUGGAGAUGGAGAGAUUUUCCGAGGAGUUUCUUGCUUUGACAUUCAGUGAAAAUGAGAAAAAUGCCGCUUACUAUGCUUUAGCAAUAGUGCAUGGAGCGGCCGCGUAUCUCCCAGACUUCUUGGAUUACUUUGCUUUUAAUUUUCCCAACACUCCGGUAAAAAUGGAAAUUUUGGGCAAGAAAGAUAUUGAAACAACAACCAUUUCAAAUUUUCACACUCAGGUCAACAGGACGUACUGCUGUGGCACCUACCGAGCAGGUCCUAUGCGGCAGAUAAGUCUUGUUGGAGCAGUAGAUGAAGAGGUUGGUGAUUAUUUCCCAGAGUUCCUCGAUAUGUUAGAAGAAUCACCAUUUCUGAAAAUGACUUUGCCCUGGGGUACACUUUCCAGCCUCCGACUACAGUGUAGGUCCCAGAGUGAUGAUGGGCCUAUAAUGUGGGUAAGGCCAGGAGAACAGAUGAUCCCUACAGCAGAUAUGCCAAAGUCACCCUUCAAAAGACGACGAUCAAUGAAUGAAAUUAAAAAUCUCCAGUACCUACCUCGGACCAGUGAACCCCGUGAAGUCCUCUUUGAAGACAGGACCAGAGCUCAUGCAGAUCAUGUAGGACAGGGGUUUGACUGGCAGAGCACGGCCGCUGUUGGGGUUUUGAAAGCUGUGCAGUUUGGUGAAUGGAGUGAUCAGCCUCGCAUAACCAAAGAUGUGAUUUGUUUUCAUGCUGAGGAUUUUGCCGACGUUGUACAGAGACUUCAGUUAGACCUUCACGAACCUCCAGUUUCUCAGUGUGUGCAGUGGGUGGAUGAAGCUAAACUAAACCAAAUGAGGCGGGAAGGCAUUCGAUAUGCUAGAAUUCAGCUAUGUGACAAUGACAUCUACUUCAUCCCUAGAAAUGUUAUUCAUCAGUUCAAAACAGUGUCAGCAGUGUGCAGCUUAGCCUGGCACAUAAGGCUUAAACAGUACCACCCUGUGGUGGAAGCCACCCAAAACACAGAAAGCAAUUCCAACCUGGACUGUGGCUUCACUGGAAAGAGAGAAUUAGAAGUUGACUCACAGUGUGUAAGGAUAAAAACGGAGCCUGAGGACAAGCGCCCAGAGGUGCAGCUUUUGACGGCUGCUUCGGCAUCCUUCCCACCUUCAUCAGAACUCCAUCCGCAGCAAGAUCAGAAGGCUCAGCCUGUUCCAGUGUUCAAGGUGGAAAGCAGACUGGACUCUGACCAGCAACACACCCUCCAGGAACAUGCAAGCACUCCUGUGUGACAUGUACAUAUUCAAACACAUUUUUUAACUUUUUUAAAUUUUGAUGUGAAGUUAUAGUUUUAUAACUGGCUUAUGUUAAGUUUUAUUGGAGAAAUCUUGCCUAUAAUUCUAUAAAGAGAAAUGACAUUCCACAAAUGUCAAGCAUAUCUUUUUUACACAGAUUAUGCAAAGUUAAGAGUUGUAUCUUAUCCCGUUAGUACAGUAUGUAAUAGUGGGUCUGCUGCUACGUUCUGUUUUAAGGUGUGAGGUAACAAUUCAAUCUCUUCUUCAAAUCAAAACAAGAAUUCUCUCAAAUAACAGAUUCUUAUGUGGUAAAUUAUUCACUUCCCUUAAUUUUAUCUUGCCUUGUCUUUUGCUAUAUUUUCUGUUUUUGUGAUAGACAGAUUUUUGGUUUUGUACUUGUGUCUUUAUGGCACACAGUCAAUUUCCACAGUAAAAAUGGCAUGGAUUGCAGGAAAGAGAUCCUGCACACAGGCAAGUAAGUUAUUUAGUUCCAACCACAAAGAACAAGUAGCUUCUAAGGAAAAUUCAGUGGCUCUCUGGUUUCUUAACAAAACACAAAGCACAGCACUUUCUGAUCCAGACUGUCUUUUUUGUAUCUGUUAUUUAAAGCCCAGUGGAUAUUUCAAUUAAAAAAUGUAAAGAUGAAUAGUCCUUGGUCAUUCAUUAUCCAUGGUUCAAUAAUUUUUUUCUAAGUAUAUGGUAACUGUGGAAGACACUUUGGGCAAAGGAAAUAAUGUUGAUAUGACACUCUUGUUCUGCCUCCUAGCAUCCUCACCUUUCAUAUGGAGACUUUUGCUUCUUAAACUGAUCUCAAGGCCCAAAUUUAGAGAAUAACAUCAGGUUUCUGAUGAGGCUGAUCAAACUUUGAGCAUCAAACUUAGGAGAAACUACUCUUGUGGCUUGACAUCAACUUCUUCAUGAUCUGGUUUUGAGGUAUCUGGUUUUGGGACACUUCACAGUUCUAUCUGGUAAAUAACUGGGUUCAUUUACUGUUCCUCUGGUUUGCUCUUUUCCAAUGAAGAAUAGGGCACUAGACUUUAACCUAGAGUUUCUGGUAGCCUAAAAUUUAGUACCUGGCUAUUUCAUUUCUUUUUUUUAACCCUCUCUUCUUUUUUCAAAUAGGCACAGUCAUACAGCUAUAGUGUGGUCUUAACUUUCUAUUAUUUUAGAAUGUUAAUGUGAUACAUAAUACAUUUUCCCUUAGUUAAUAAUAUAGUAGGCCUUUUAAAAAUUAUUAUUAAAGGAAGAGUACUUUCCACACCUAAGACCAGAUUCUUGUAUCUACCUGGUUACAGUGCAAUUUGAUUUUUUUUUUUCUGGUUGGUAAGAUUUGAAAUAUUUGCAUUAGCAUAAGCAAAAAAAAAAAAAAGAUGCUGCUUUAUUAUGUCUAUCACCAUGAAAAGUUAGCUGCAUCUUUUAAAAUAUCAAAUACGACUUUUCUCUAAAAUAUUCUGAAAUAGGUUAAAUCUUAUAUAAAUAUUACUUUGUGCAAUAUUGUUGUGUAGUUAAAUGCAUAUUAGCAAAGUAUAGAGGUCACUGUGUAACCGAUAGAAAAGUAACCAUCAGCAAAUACUACAGUGAUUAGGUAGAAUCUGUAUUAUUCCUUAUAUAUAUGUAUAUGUAUGUAUUCUCUGUUACAAAGGACGAAGACAAAUAGGGAAACAUUUCAGUGUAAAUCAUUUAUGAAUUGGAAGUGAUGUUGGUUUUAGUUAUCUUUGUAAAUAAGGUAAUUAGAAUGGUAUGAAAGGUAAUGUGAUUAUUACAGGAGUGUUUUUAAAUCCUGUGUAUAAAUUCUAGGGUCAAUUCUAGCUUAUCAAGACUAGUUUUUAAAGGAACUCUGAGGGUAUAUUUUGUUGUUAUUUUGUGGGGAAAGGGGUUUAUCACAAGUGUAUGGGUUUGGGUUAUUUCUUAUUUUUACUUUUCUGUCCAGAAGAAUUUCAUAGAGCUUUACCAGGCUGUGCAAAGUAAAAUUCUUCUCAGGCAACAUUUGCUUUUAAAAAUAAUCAUGAAGAGUAAGGUGGUUAAAGCAGAAAGGUUUUAUUUUUGUUUUUCUUGUCUUCCAAGAACUGAUUUCCCCAUCUCCUACUUGCCAUCCAGCAGAUGCCAUCUGUCAUCUAAGCUGGCAUUAUUAAUAAACAAGGAGACUGUCUCCUCACAGCCAGCACUGUGUAUAAUCACUCAGGAACCAGCGGAUCUGCAAAGACCUACAAUCAAAAAAAGCAAAUCCCCAUUUUCCUUUUAUAAGACAUUCUACCCUCACCUCCAAUGGAAACACAUUAAAAGAGUAUAAAAGUGCUUAAAAUCAUGGACUAAUAAAUUUAUUAUAUGUUAGAAUUGCAAUAGAAUGAAGAGAAACAUUUAGCUAGUAAUGUAUCUGAAAACUCUGAAUGUCCUAUGUGAGUAUUAGAUUUUGAUAGCAUGCUUUAAAGACUGAUGAGUAUAGAAGCAGAAGUUGUGAGAUUCUUGCUGCUUUCAAAACUGUAUCCUAGUUUAGAGAUACAAAUGAUGGCAACUUUCUAAAUCAUUAAAUUACUUGGUUUGGUGGAAUGAGGCAGCCAUCUGGUGUUUUCUGAUUUGUAACGUGGUGAUGGCAGUGAAGUUGUAACUGAAAUUUAAGCUGAUCUUCCUUUCUGGUGUAUUAUCCAUUGUGCCAACUUUUGAGAUUACUUGCAGAAUGUGGCUGUAAGUUUUAGUACUUUGUGGAGCAGAGGGAUAAUUUUAAAAUGUGCUUAUGGAAAGGACAUAAUAAAUAUUCCUAAAAUUAAAUAGAAUGAUUUUAUGGUAGCCAUUAAAAAGGAUAAGUCUUCCCCUAUCCCAGAAGUCAUUCUAUAAUUACCAAGAUAUGCUAGGAGAAGGGUUAUGAUUCUAAGAGGUAUCCCAAAUUCAUAAAGCAAUAACAAUAAAAACCUACAUAUUGGCUCCCUCCUCCAAAGUUUUAACUCUUUAAAAAUGAAUUCUUAGGCUUAACUGUACUUUAAAUUUGCUUAUUCAGUUCUUAAAAUUUGCUUAACUGGUACAUUAUUUUUAGUUAAAGACUUACAAAGUGCCCUGUCUCCUCAGAGACAGUGCACUGUCAGUUGACUAAUAUUAUAAGCUCUUCUAUGGGGAAAAGGAGCUUACUAAAUUCUUUACUAAACCUUAGAAAAAGAUGUAUCAUCAGUUUUAAUAGGCAUAAAGAUCACACUUAAUGACUGAAGAAACUUUCUUUUUGCCUUCCCCCUAUAUAAAUAUUAUUGUCUAGAAGGAAAACUUAAUAUAGGAACAAGAUUCCAAAAUCCAUGAAAAAUAUAUUCUUAGUGAAUAUAUUUUUGAUCAUUAAUACUAGUCCAUUAUAUUUUCAUCUGUAUUUGCCAUUAAAAUUUUAUUUUCAUUUAAACCUUUAGGAUAAUGUGAGUUUAUGUAUUUCUGAUAAAUCUGUUUCAUCACCACUAUAGGUUUUUUAAAAAGAACCUUUCAGUAGCACAUGCCAGAGUUUCACACAUCUGUGCUAAGUUUCAUGUUUUUAAUACAGGUUGUAGCUGUAUUUAUUGGUUAUGCAAGUAGAGGAAAUGCACAAUACAAUUUUUUUUCCCUUAAGUGCAUACAGGAUUUCUCAUCUUGAAAGUUUGUUGCUUUAAAAGUGAGUAUCUCUCCAUAAAUAUUAUGGCCUUCCAUUUUCUUCAUAAAUGUUUUAGGAUCCACUUGUGCAUGUAGUUGAGACCACAUGUCUCUUAAAAUAGCACUUUUCAAUUCUCUCUAAAGAAAUACUAUGUACUACUUCUAUCACAUGUUGUAAAUUUUUCAUGUAAUGGUGUUUUUUGUGACUAAACUUCAUUUUGAUUGGCAGCUAAGACUUCCCCCCCCCCUGUGGCUUUAAUUUAUCUAAGAGAUCUUUGCAUAUAGAUGAAAUGUAUAAUUUGCCUGGCGGACUAUUUGCGUUGUGUGGCCUUAGUUUGUUUAUUGACAUUAACAAGUGUUUUAAAAAGGUUUUUAAUGAAUAGUUUAAAUCUAAAUUUGUGUGAAUAAUAAUCCUUUUAACACAGUGCUUUUUUGUAGCUGUCUUAAGUGUGUUAAAUUGUUAAGCUAUUUCUUUGUAAAAUAGGACAAUGGAAUGCAUAGAGGUUUUUUUUCCCCUGUAAAGUAUUUUUUUAAUAAACAAAGUCUGAUUUGUCCUUUA